UGUAAGGCUUGCACCUCUUUCUCUCUUGCGGAGUAGGGCGCAUGCGGUGUUUGGGGAUUUUGCUAGCCUAGUUGUAGCAAGCUGUGCCUCUGUGUGAAACGAUUAACCAAUAAGGCCUUGUUCAAACGUCGGUAACAAGCUAGCUAGGUCUCUCUCACAUCCUUUGUUCUGUUAUAUUUUAUGUUGGAGGCAGUUCAGUUCGUUAUCUUUAUAGGUAGGCUAAUCCACAUAAAAUGACUGAUCAAUCAUCACUGUUGCUUCGAAAACAACUGGCAGGUAAGCUAGCACCUAGCUAAAUUAAGCCGAGUUGGAAAAGUGUGGUAGUUACGUGUAACUUGACUAGCUAGUGGCUAACCACUUGUAAUCAAAUAGUAUUUGUUUUACUUGUAUUUAAAUGUCGACUUAGCUACGGCUAGUACGCAAUGCAAAUUCCCAGCUGAUGUAUGUUUAGCUAGCUAGCUAACGUGACAGACCAUCUUGUUAGCUAGUUAACUAGCUAGCAAAACAGAACACUGGUGGUAACGUUACGUUUGCUAACUAGCUAAGACUUGUAGAAAAGUGUGCCAUUUAUGUAGUCAUAGCCACACUAGUUAAUUUCCUCAAGCUAAAUAACGUUCAAUUUUCAUUUUAACUGGUCCGUUACCUAGUUAGUUAGCUGAGUUUUAGACUGACGUCUAUGAAAAGCUUGACAACAGGCAUGGCAGCAAGUAGAGCACAUUUUCAGGGGUGGGUAUUGGGUAAUAAUGUCAGCGUGUUUGUUUACCCCUUUUAGAGCUCAACAAGAACCCUGUGGAGGGAUUUUCUGCCGGUCUCAUAGACGACGAUGACAUCCAUCAGUGGGAGGUGGUUGUUAUUGGCCCUCAAGAUACAUUAUUGUGAGUGUUUUACAAACCUGCUGUGUUUGUUAAAGCCAUAGCCUGGAGACCCCACGUUGAAUUGCGUUGGAUUCAACGUUGGGGAUAAAUGAGCGUUAGGAUCAGGAAAGUUUCCUCACGACCUCUACAAGCCAGAAGGUUGAAUACAAAUAUGUUUUUACCUUACUUUACCGGUUGUCCAUGUGGUUGGUCCUUUUGCAGGUAGGAAUGUGAGACAAUAUAUCCACAUGAAAUAUUAUUCCAUCAACUUUUGUAAUGUGUUCAGAUUUAUCACCUGAAGCAUGUACACAAGAUUAAAAAAUGAAUGCAGGAGGCAUUCAUACUUGCUGAGCUCGUGCAUGUGUUUACAUGGUUCUGCGCAUGCUUCAGGUGAUAGAAUUCUGAACUCACUACCUGCCCUUUAAAAAGUUGGUGCACAGGGCAUUCGGAAAGUAUUCAGACCCGUUCACUUUUUCCACAUUUUCUUACAUUAAAGCCUUAUUCUAAAAUUGAUUAAAUUAAAUACAUUCCCCAUCAAUCUACACACAAUACCCCAUAAUGACAAAGCAAAAAAAAUUUUUUUGUAAAUGUUUGCACAUUUAUUACAAAUAAAAAAACAUACCUUAUUUACAUAGGUAUUCAGACCCUUUGCUAUGAGACUCGAAAUUGAGCUCAGGUGCAUCCUGUUGCCAUUGAUCAUCCUUGAUGUUUCUACAACUUGAUUGGAGUCCACCUGUGGUAAAUUCAAUUGAUUGGACAUGAUUUGGAAAGGCACACACCUGUCUAUAUAAGGUUCCACAGUUGACAGUGCAUGUCAGAGCAAAAACCAAGCCAUGACAGCUCAGAGACAGGAUUGUGUUGAGGCACAGAUUUGGGGAAGGAUACCAAAAAAUGUCUGCAGCAUUGAAGGUCCCCAAGAACACAGUGGCCUCCAUCAUUCUUAAAUGGAAGAAGUUUGGAACCACCAAGACUCUUCCUAGAGCUGGCUGCCCUGACAGAGCUCUAGAGGUCCUCUGUGGAGAUGGGAGAACCUUCCAGAAGGACAACCAUCUCUGCAGCACUCCACCAAUCAGGCCUUUAUGGUAGAGUGGCCAGACGGAAGCCACUCCUCAGUAAAAGGCACAUGACAGCCCACUUGGAGUUUGCCAAAAAGCACCUAAAGACUCUCAGACCAUGAGAAACAAGAUUCUCUGGUCUGUUGAAACCAAGACUGAAUUCCAAGCGUCACGCCUGGAGGAAACCUGGCACCAUCCCAACGGUGAAGCAUGGUGGUGGCAGCAUCAUGCUGUGGGAAUGUUUUUCAGCGGCAGGGACUGGGAGAAUAGUCAAGAUUGAGGAAAAGAUUAACGGAGCAAAGUACAGAAAGAUCCUUGAUGAAAACCUGCUCCAAAGCGCUCAGGACCUCAGACUUGGGCGAAAGCUCACGUUCCAACAGGACAAUGACCCUAAGCACACAGCCAAGACAACGCAGGAGUGGCUUCGGGACAAGUCUCUGAAUGUCCUCGAGUGGCCCGGACUUGAACCCGAUCGAACAUCUCUGGAGAUACCUGAAAAUAGCUGUGCAGCAGCGCUCCCCAUCCAACCUGACAGAGCUUGAGAGGAUCUGCAGAGCGGAAUGGGAGAAACUCCCCAAAUACAGGUGUGCCAAGCUUGUAGCGUCAUACCCAAGAAGACUCAAGGCUGUAAUCGCUGCCAAAGGUGCUUCAACAAAGUACUGCAUAAAGGGUCUGAAUACUUAUGUAAAUGUGAUUUUUCAGUUUUAUUUUUUAAUACAUUUGCAAACAUUUCUAAACCUGUUUUUGCUAUUCUCGUCUUGCUUUUCCUGCAUGAGGCUCCAAGAGGUAAGGAACGUUUUUUUAAAUGAGGCCAGCGGAUCACAGGUGCUUGCGUAUUGCGCAAGAGAUGGAGGCUAGAAAUUAGAAGCUUAUUAUGCAUAACCCAUCAUUAAUUAGCUAAAUAUAAGGCUAAUACUGCAUUGAAUUUAAUACCGGAAAGAGGUAGGCUAGGAGACUGUGCUCGCGAGUGAUAGGCUGUUUUAAAACUCUGCAGCUGCAAUAAAAAAAAGUAUCUUUACAAUAAAAAUAAAAAACAAGGUGACCCCCGAAAGCCAGAUGGAGAUGUGUAAAUUAGACGCGCAUUCUGUCUUUAUUACUGUAGCAUAGGCUAUGCUGCAGCAAAUGAAGGCCUACCUUGUUCCAAGAUGGCGUAGCAGUGCGGUCGUGUUCUUUGUGUGUCUGUGUAAAUAGCCAUUUUUUUUGUAUUUUUCGUUUAUUUCCCUAUCACACUUUUCAUCCUUCUACAAAAUAUACUUUCCUGCAACCCACCUCACUCAAUGUGGAACGGAUUCUAUUAUUGACUUACCUUUUAUCUAGAAUCUCCAGUUGAAACUAGCUAGCCAGCUAACUAGCUACUUGCUAUAAGCCACCGUUAGCGGUUUUCACCCAGAACAUCAGAUUUUUCUGCCGGAAUAACGAAUCACUGGACAUUAACACCGUAUCGCAACUAGCUAGCCGCAACCGAAUGGAUAUUGCUGUUUGGCUAAUCACCACUGCCCCCGAAGCAAGCACAAGUUAGCCUCGAGCUAGCCCCAUAUCCCGGCUAUCUACCUCUCUGUCUACCGGACGGGAGUAGCCAGUUAACUAGCUACUUGCUAUUAGCCACUGUUAGCGGUUUUUCACCAUUGUCCGUGGCCUGCACUACCUACCAGCCAGCUCUAGCCUGGACUAUUAUCGGCCAGUCUGCACUGUCUGCACAGUGCGUUAUCGACCCAGAACAUAUCGGUUUUUCUGCCAGAAUCACUGGACCUUUAACACCGGAUCAUCGCAGCUAGCUAGCUGCAACCAAAUGGACGUUGUUGUUGGCUAAUCAGUGUUGACACGGAGCCCCGCCGAUCCAACACCACUGGUCUGCCGACGAAAUCAUCUGAUGUGGUUACAACAGGCUUCCCGUUACGACGUCGACCACGAAGAUACAUCUGCUAGCCCCGGCCCACUAGCACAUGCUAGCCGUGGCCUCUUGCUCGCCAGUGCUAUAGCAACCCCCGAACUACCUCCGGACUCUCCUAUUGCUGUUCACCGGACCUUAUGAUAACUCAGCUAUACAGCUUUUGCCUGCUGGACUGUUCCUUUUUACGGUACCGCAUCCUGUUUAUGUUUAGCCUCAGCCCAAACUUUGUCGCCAUUACCAGCUGUUGGCUUAGCUCUCUCGAAUUACACCUGUGAUUGCUUUAUGCCUCUCUCCCAUGUCAAUAUGCCUUGCUUAUUGCGGUUUUGGUUAUUUCUUAUUGUACUAUUUCACUGUAGAUCCCCCAGCCCAGCUCAACCUGCCUUAGAUAGCUCCUUUGUGCCACCCCCCAUACAUGCGGAGACUGACUCAAUCGGUGCCUCCGGUGAUGCUAUCCUUCCAUAUCCUUGUCUGUACAUCAUGCCCUGAAUCUAUUCUACAACACCCGGAAAUCUGCCCCUUUUUUUUCUCUGUACCCAACGCACUAGAAGACCAGUACUUAAAGCCUUUAGCCGUAUCCUUAUUCUACUCCUCCUCUGUUCCUCUGGUGAUGUAGAGGUUAACCCAGGCCCUGUAGCCCCCAGUAUCACUCCUACUCCCCAGGCGUUAUCAUUUGUUGACUUCUGUAACCGUAAAAGCCUUGGUUUCUUGCACGUUAACAUUCGAAGCCUCCUCCCUAAGUUUGAGUUAUUCACUGCGUUAACACACUCCGCCAACCCUGAUGUUCUAGCAGUGUCUGAAUCCUGGCUUAGGAAGGCCACCAAAAAUUCAGAAAUGUCCAUCCCCAACUACAACAUUUUCCGUCUCGAUAGAACUGCCAAAGGGGGUGGGGUUGCAAUCUACUGUAGCGAGAGCCUGCAGAGCUCUAUCGUACUAUCCAGGUCUGUGCCCAAACAGUUUGAGCUCCUACUUCUAAAAAUCCACCUUUCCAGAAAUGUCUCUCACUGUUGCCGCUUGCUACAGAUCCCCCCUCAGCCCCGAGCUGUGCCCUGGACACCAUAUGUGAACUGAUUUCCCCCCUCUAUCCUCAGAGUUCGUACUGCUUGGUGACCUAAACUGGGAUAUGCUUAACACCCCAGCCAACCUACAAUCUAAACUAGAUGCCCUCAAACUCACACAAAUUAUCAACGAACCUACCAGGUACAACCCUAAAUCUGUAAACAUGGGCACCCUCAUAGAUAUCAUCCUGACAAAUUUACCCUCUACACCUCUGCUGUCUUCAACCAGGAUCUCAGCGAUCACUGCCUUAUUGCCUGUGUCCGUAAUGGGUCCGCGGUCAAACGACCACCCCUCAUCACUGUCAAACGCUCCCUAAAACACUUUAGCAAGCAGGCCUUUCUAAUUGACCUGGCCCGGGUAUCCUGGAUGGAUAUUGACCUCAUUCCAUCAGUAGAGGAUGCCUGGUUGUUCUUUAAAAGUGCUUUCCUCUUAAAUAAGCAUGCCCCAUAAAAGAAAUUCAGAACUAAGAACAGAUAUAGCCCCUGGUUCUCCUCAGACUUGACUGCCCUUGACCAGCACAAAAACAUCCUGUGGCGUACUGCAUUAGCAUCGAACAGUCCCGGCGAUAUGCAACUUUUCAGGGAAGUCAGGAACCAAUAUACACAAACAGUUAGGAAAGCAAAGGCUAGCUUUUUCAAACAGAAAUUUGCAUCCUGUAGCACUAACUCCAAAAAGUUUUGGGACACCGUAAAGUCCCUGGAGAAUAAGAGCAGCUCCUCCCAACUGUCCACUGCACUGAGGCUAGGAAACACUGUCACCACUGAUAAAUCUACAAACAUUGAGAAUUUCAACAAGCAUUUUGCUACGGCUGGCCAUGCUUUCCACCUGGCUACCAUUACCCCGGCCACCAGCUCUGCACCCUCCGCUGCAACUUGCCCAUGCCCCCCCCACCCGCUUCUCCUUCACACAAAUUCAGACAGCUGAUGUUCUGAAAGAGCUGAAAAAUCUGGACCCCUACAAAUCAGCUGGGCUAGACAAUCUGGACCCUUUCUAAAAUUAGCAGCCGAAAUUGUCGCAACCCCUAUUACUAGCCUGUUCAACCUCUCUUUCAUAACGUCUGAGAUCCCUAGAGAUUGGAAAGCUGCCUCGGUCAUCCCCCUCUUCAAAGGAGGUGACACUCUAGAUCCAAACUGUUACAGACCUAUAUCCAUCCUGCCCUGCCUUUCGAAAGUAUUUGAAAGCCAAGUUAACAGAUCACCGACCAUUUCGAAUCCCACCGUACCUUCUCCGCUAUGCAAUCCGGUUUCCGAGCUGGUCAUGGGUGCACCUCAGCCACGCUCAAGGUCCUAAACAAUAUUAUAACCGCGGUCGAUAAUAGACUGUACUGCGCAGCCGUCUUCAUCGACCUGGCCAAGGCUUUCGACUCUUGUCAACCACCGCGUUCUUAUUGGCAGACUAAAUAGCCUUGGUUUCUCUGACUGCCUCGCCUGGUUCACCAACUACUUUUCAGGUAGAGUUCAAUGUGGCAAAUCGAAGGGCCUGUUGUCUGUACCUCUGGCCGUCUCUAUGGAGGGGCCGACUCUAUUCUCUGUGUAUAUCAAUGAUGUCGCUCUUGCUGCUGGUGACGCUCGGAUCCACCUCUAUGCGGACGACACCAUUUUGUAUACAUCUGGCCCUUAAUUGGACACUGUGUUAACAAACCUCCAAACAAGCUUCAUCGCCAUACAACACUCCUUCCGUAGCCUCCAACUGCUCUUAAACACUAGUAAAAUUAAAUGCAUGCUCUUCAACCGAACGCUGCUUGCACCCGCCCACCCGACUAGAAUCACUACUCUCGGCGGGACUGACUUAGAAUAUGUGGACAACUACAAAUACCUAAGUGUCUGGUUAGACUGUAAACUCUCCUUCCAGACUCACAUUAAGCAUCUCCAAUCCAAAGUUAAAUCUAGAAUCGGCUUCCUAUUUCGCAACAAAGCCUCCACUCAUGCUGCCAAACAUGCCCUCGUCAAACUGACUAUCCUACCGAUCCUUGACUUCGGCGAUGUCAUUUACAAAAUAGCCUCCUACACUCUACUCAGCAAAUUGGAUGUAGUCUGUCACAGUGCCAUCCGUUUUGUCACCAAAGCCCCAUAUACUACCCACCAUUGUGACCUGUACGCUCUUGUUGGCUGGCCCUCACUACAUAUUCGUCGCCAAACCCACUGGCUCCAGGUCAUCUAUAAAUCACUGUUAGGCAAAUCCCCGUCUUAUCUUAGCUCACUGGUCACCAUAGCAACACCCACCCGUAGUCUGCGCUCCAGCGGGUAUAUCUCACUGGUCAUCCCCAAAGCCAACACCUCCAGUUCUAUGCUGCCAAUGACUGGAACGAACUGCAAAUAUCUCUGAAGCUGGAGACUCUUAUCUCCCUCACUAACUUUAAGCGUCAGUUGUCAGAGCAGCUUACCGAUCACUGCACCUGUACAUAGCCAUUCUGAAAUUAGCCCACCCAAUUACCUCAUCCCCAUAUUGUUAUUUAUUUUGCUAAUUUGCACCCCAGUAUCUCUAUUUGCAUAUCAUCUUCUGCACAUCUAUCAUUCCAGUGUUAAUACGAAAUUGUAAUUAUUUUGCACUAUGGCCUAUUUAUUGCCUUACCUCCAUAACUUACUACAUUCGCACACACUGUAUAUAUAUUUUCUGUUGUAUUUUUGACUUUAUGUUUUGUUUACUCUGUUGUUUUAUCGCACUGCUUUGCUUUAUCUUGGCCAGGUCGCAGUUGUAAAUGAGAACUUGUUCUCAACUGGCUUACCUGGUUAAAUAAAUAAAACCUGUCACAAGAAGAAAAGUUACCAUGAUGAGAUGAUAGCUCUACAUGCAUUGUGAACUGCGCUCCAUACUGAGGUGGGCUGUUUGUCCCCACCCUGAGUGUUGAUUCAUCAUGCAGAGGCCUUAGCGAUGCCAGAUUUUAACAUCGCAUAUAAUUACGUUUCAUUUCACGCCAUGCUGUUCAUAUAAAUAAUUUAUAAUAAUUUACCGGUUUCUCUCAGUUUUGGGCGGUUAAUCUCGGUAACCGGGUUCCUGCCAUUCAACCCUAUUAUCUAUAAUACCGGAGCCUCAUCUUAUUCUUUCAAACUAUUUCUAUGGUGGAUUCGCAGCCGCAAUUUAUGGAAUAUGCCAAAACUUUUGAGAAAGGCCAGUGGUUUCCAUCUGUGGCAUAGUUUUCCCUAAAUCAAUGCUUAUGACAAAUACAGCUCCAGAGCCAGCCAUAGAGCCAGCUAGCUAAUCUUUUGAAUACGGUGUAGUAUUUUUUUAUAUUUUUAAUGCAACAGAUGACAUUAGCUAGUUAGGUAAGGUUAACAAGAUAGCGAGCUAGAUAAGGUUAGCAUGCCAACUAGCUACACUGACAGCUGUCAGUGCCCUAUUUGUUGUUUAUCAACUCCAUGUGGAAAUUCCCACAACCAAUUCAUGAAUAUGUAUAAGUAGCCUUCGUCAUUCUUCGGAGGUAGAACUUAAAUCUGCAUGUCAUCUCUAGGACAGGAAACUAAAAAGUGGUGGCAACUUCCUCUGGGGGGUCCUUUUUUAAGAACAGAAAUUGUAGAAAUAGGUGGGGUUUAUGACUUUGUGGCUGUGGUAACUAGUGACGGCCACUUAGCACCUCUGUAUGAGUGACACUCAUUUUCUCACCUUGUCUCUUUACAGCGAGGGUGGUUUCUUUAAAGCCUACCUGACCUUUCCCCAUGACUACCCACAUAGGCCUCCGAAGAUGAAGUUCAUCACAGAAAUAUGGCAUCCCAAUGGUAAGUGGUUUCAUUGAUGAAUAGCCUUCAUCCCUUUCUGUGCUAUUCACUCUAGGCCUUGCCAUGGCACACCUCCUGGUGGUUCUAGGUCUUCCUCUUUUGUGUUUUCCUUGUGGGUUCCAUGUUGAGGUCUGUUUUGUGAUUUUAUUUAUUGUGUGUGUCCUAUCCAGCUACACUUCCUUGUUGUGCUUCCUAUUGGGUCUUGUUUUGUAAUUUCCCACAGUCUGAUGUUGCUGAUGGUGUCUGGCCAGUAGACUCCCACAAGACAUCUGAGACAGUGGUUAAUGAAUGUCUUUAGUUUGUUCAGCAUUUUCAAAGUAUUCUCCAUGUUUCAGAUCCAUACAGAAAAAUUGAUUUGACAUUUGAAUUGAAGAUCUUCAGUUUUAAGCAAGUUUUGUUCCAUGUACUAUACAGCUGACUAAAGACCUGUGUGUUAGUCAGCUGGUCAGCACAGUUUAUGAUUCCUGUACUCCCUCUCUCCUCUCUUUCAGUUGCAAAGAAUGGUGACGUGUGUAUCUCUAUCCUGCACGAGCCCGGUGAGGACAAGUUUGGCUAUGAGAAGCCUGAGGAGCGCUGGCUGCCCAUUCACACUGUAGAGACCAUCAUGAUCAGUGUCAUCUCAAUGCUGGCCGACCCAAACGGCGACUCGCCCGCCAAUGUGGACGCAGCCGUAAGUCCCAGACAUACACCCUUGCAGACGGGGGAAAUAUAUAUUCCAUUCAGUGAGGAAAAAGCUGAAACAGUUUAUUUUAUGCCCUCAAUUAAUUUAUAGAAACAAGAAGUGAAAUGUCUGCUUUUUCAGUGCUCAUAUAGUUUGUCUUGACUUGUGUUUUUGUAGAACAAAAUGUUUGGUAGUAGUGAGGGAUAAUCCACCAGUUUAGUUGAUUGUAGUGCUUGUGAAGGUCAGGUUUUUAAUGUACAUUUGUGUUGUGCCCUGCAGAAAGAAUGGAGAGAGGAUCCUUGCGGCGAGUUCAAGAGGAAGGUGGCUCGCUGUGUACGAAAGAGUCAGGAGAUGGCAUUUGACUAGGCCCCCUCCCCCACACACCGUGAGUACCUUUCUGGAUCCACACAGCGCUCAGCUAUAAUCUCACACUCACAUUGCAGAAAUUGAGACCCAUUCAGUGCCUUGGCUGGAUAGUACAUAUUCUUCCAUUGUUUGUUUCCCCGUCAGUCUUGUCGCUACUUUGAUUAUCGUUUCCCUUGAUUUAUAUUUUGUCUGCAAGCUAACUGUUUUUUUACUUUUUUUAGCUAAAUUUUAACAUCGGGAGAUCCAUCAUGUCACUCUUCAAUAAAGACUUUUGCACCAGUGCGCUGCUCUUAGGAAGAUGUGGAAUAAAAAGCCAGCCCUUUUCUUUAGUUGUGUAAAUAGGGUCGUCUCAUUUCUUCCAUGUGGAUGUGGGGAGGAAAAACAUCCCCUCAUGGUUAUUGCUCAGUUUUCUAAACCUUAGACUUAUUUAUUUCAAUGAUAAUUAUGACAACUCAAGAUGCAUGUUUUUUUGAGUGUAUUCUUUUUCAACCUGCCACUGAGCCAUCUACUUUAGUCUUGUCUCUUAUGCAAUUGGAGUUUGGAGCGUUUUUGGUCAUUGAAGAGAUGAAUACCAACCAACAAUGGCUUUCGUUGCCCCUGUUCUUUAUGUUUGGAAGCCCAUUCUUCCAAAGUGUUCUGCAAAGUCCUUUCUCUCAAAAGGGUUAAUACACUCUGCUGCCUUAAGUUGUUUCCCUGUAAGCUAAGGAAACCGUCUCCAGUGAUGUCUGCAUUUCUUCGGUUUUUGAUCAAUAAUUUUUUUUGGGUUAAACCAAAAAAAACUAAGAAUAUUAGCAUGAGGAACAGAUAUUUUUUGUAAUAAAGAUCUCAGCUCUAAUUGUAUUUUUUGUGUAUGUAAAUAUUAUGUACUGUAUAUCAUAGAUAUCAAAUGAUUUGUCCUUUGGGUUUUCCCCUUUGUGUACUUAAGGUACUACUAUCAGUGACGUUUGUAUACUUGAUUUCCUUUCUAGGAUAUUUCUUUCAGGGACGUCUGUGUUCAAUGUCAUUUUCCCUUUACAUCUAUCCUUGAGAGUGAAUAAUUAAGCUUUGGUCAUCUGUUAACAUGUACAGAAAGAAAAGUAAUCACAUUUCAGAUGGUUGUCUUUUUUGUUUGAAAGUAGUUUGUGUGUAGUCUGUCAGGGAUGUGAAUAAGGUGAUGCCAGUUUUGACAUUUUCUCCUGUGCAAGCAGAUUAGCCAUAGCACAAUUUCUAUCCAAGAGGAGGUGCUUUAGAGUUGCGCAAGUUGUUAUUCAUGCAAUGCAAAGGAUCAAAAUAAUGGAAGUGGUGAUGGAUUGUUAGAACAAGCAAUAAGACUUGUAGCGCAAUAGUUCAUUUAACUGAUAGUAGUACCACCUAUUCACCUGUGUGGAGUGAAGGCUGGCAUGAGUUGUGAAAUCGCAGGAGUUUUUACACCCACAUUGUUUAACUUGAGCCCAAUAAAGUUUUUAAAACUAAUCUUGUUGCUUGAC